GCAGUGCAGACGCACUUGUCGUCCGCUCCAGCUAUGAGCAGCUCCGCAACAUACACCUGUUUCGAAACACCGUCGGGACUUUCUCCCUCUCCAUGAGCUCCGUAUUGAGCCGGCUCAGUUUGCCUCUGACACCGGCAGCAGGACUCUCCCGGUCACACUUCACUCCACCACCAGUCGUUCAAGUCGUCGCGAGACACCGGUGGAUGUAGCCUAAGUAAACCAGACUUAUUAAUUUUUAUGAGUUCCCUUACGAGCACGUGCGUUCUCUGCUUUCACACAGAAGCUUGGAAGUGAAUGCUGUGAACAGUGUUGGAAUGUAACAGGAUUAUCAUCUGACCUUAACUAGGUGGAGGCAAAGCAACCAGGCCAUUAGAUCACACCUUUUCUGAUCUUUGCUGACUUACAAUGCCUUUGAGGUCAUAAUGUCUAUGAUGAACCACGUUAUUCUACAGGAUAAAGACCAGGACAUUGAGAAGAAGCUGGACUGGAGUUACAUCGAGUGGGCUGAAAAUGAAGUCGUCACCACAGGUGUGGCAAAUGCACAGACACAAACAGAAUGGGGGCCUUUUGAGCACAAGGAGAGUCAGACCAGCAGCCCGGUCAUUAUGCACAUAGAUCUCACACGGACACACUCCAAGCUGAGACAUUCGUCCCUGGUGGACACAGACAGCUUGGCAGCACCUUUAUUCCAGUUUGACAGGCAGGCCCCUGGGCGCAUCUCCACGUCUCCCACCUUAAGGAGGAUGAGGAGCACCCGACGUCCUCUGAUGGAUACCUGGGAUCCUGUCAAGAUGGGUAGCACUCAGGAGGAGCCAUCCUCCGAAAUCCCCCUGUCCCCAGGACACAGAGUCAAGUCUUCUCUUGCAGCAAGCCCCCUCUCUGAUGGCGAGAUCUGUCAUGAUCAUCAGCCAAUUUUGUCCUCCAACCGACAGAGAAUCAGAUCACAAAGAUCAAAGACUUUUGACAACGGUAUCACUUCCAAGAGACAAGAAUGUAGCAGUGCUCAUCCUACUCUUAUUGAAGAUUUUGGAUUUCCUGACAGUGAAGUACAGGGGAAAGAGCAUUACCAUGACAGGCUUCAGGAAAGGAGACGAAGCUCCGUGGUGGUCAGUUUGCCCGGAUUGGAUGUUUCACCAGGAGACCUUUUUGUAUCCAAUGGAGCAGCUGACAUAUUAAAUGAUUCAAACUUCUCUGAUACUAAGAAGUCAAAGUGGCCUUUUUCAAGGCGUAGUACGACAAAAGGGAAGUCACAGACAGGCACAGCGUCAGAUAUUGAAAAGUGUCUCUCAACAUCACAGAUUCAAGACUGGAGAAACUCUGACCUUCAGAGGUAUAAGGACUACUCUCUGGCAGAGUUCCUGCAGGACCAGUCUUCCCAGGUGAGUGCCGCCUCUGACCCUCAGGGCUUCAAAAGACAGGAGGCCAUCUGGGAACUCUUCACCAGCGAGUGUGUUUACUUCCUGGAUCAGAUCAUGGUUCUCAAAGAGGUGUUUUUGGCUACACUCACAAACCUGCAUAUGAGGAACUGCCUGACUGAUGUCGACUAUUGGAGGCUGUUUGCUAACCUCAAUGAGCUUUGCCUGGUGAGCUUUGGUUUCCUGAACAACCUCCUCCGCGUCAUCAAGGACACAUUGGAGAUUACUGAGGGUGGCGGGCCCACCCUGCUGGAGCUGCUGCGCAAGGCUUACCAGGAGAGCAUAUGUCACUGCCUGCAGAAGUACUGCCUCAACUACUCCACAGCUCUGCUUUAUCUGGACAGCCUGAAGCUCAGAGAGGACUUUGGAUCUUACGUGAAGUGGUGUGAGAGGAACGAACAGUGCCGAAGGCUGCAACUGCGUGACCUGUUGGUGGCGCCGUUGCAGAGGCUAACUCGAUACCCGUUGUUGUUGCGGAAUAUUGCGAAGAGAAGCCAGACGGAGGACGAGACCAGAGGCCUGCAGGUUAUAAUUGAGCAAGUGGACACAUCUAUAUGUGAUUUAGAGGGAAAGGUCAAAUGGCUGGAUAACUACCAGAAAGUGAAACAGUUGAGAGAUGCCCUGGUGUGGCUGCCUGUGUGGGAGAGAGACAAGCGUGCCUUCGUCCCUGAGAAUCUGAAACAUCUCUUAAAGGCUGUCACUCUGGAGAAUCUUAUUUCCCACAGAAGUCUGCUGCAUGAAGGGAAACUUGUGCUCAUAGAGAACACAAAGCUGAUAGAUGUUUAUCUGUUCCUGUUUGACGAAUUCCUGCUGAUCACCAAGAUCAAGAGAAACAAGAAGCGGUCCAUCGGUCCAGAGCAGAAUCCUCUGAGGCUGCCACAGAACCUGGAGCUGGAUCAGCUGCUGAAGGAGGGAUGCACCUUCACAGUCCUGGACCAGCCCAUCUCUCUGGACCGACUCCAGCUCAAGAACAUCGAUCAGCUCAAUGCCUCAACAUCUGGGCUGCCUCACUCUUUCAUAAUCAUGCACCAAAACCGCUACCAGCAAUGUAUCGGUGCAUUCAUCCUGCAAGCCGCGUCUGAAUCUGCCAAGAGAGUGUGGAUGUCAAAGAUAGAGGGCGCUGUAACGGCGCUGCUGAAGCUGGACUCUCAGCAGCCUCGACUCAAGAGCUCCGCCCUGUGGCUGGAGUCUUCACAGAUAUGACCCAGCAACCAACACUAGAAGCCAUCAGAAAUGAGUCUACUGUCAAUGUGCACUUCACUCUCCUCCUGACGUCUUGUAAAUGACUGUACUAGCACUAGGAUAAUUUUGUAAACUAAAUGUUUGCCUUUUAAAGUCAGCUGCUGCCGUUGUGUACAAUAAAUAUCGGAUUAUGUAGUAAAA